CUCCCUUUCUUAGCCGCUCACACACCUGGACCAUGGACCCUGGGGAAUGCACGUGUAUGUCUGGAGGGGUCUGCAUCUGUGGAGACAAUUGCAAAUGCACUACCUGCAGCUGUAAAACCUGUCGUAAAAGCUGCUGUCCCUGCUGUCCCCCAGGCUGUGCCAAGUGUGCCCGGGGCUGCAUCUGCAAAGGGGGCUCAGACAAAUGCAGCUGCUGUCCCUGAAUCCCACCUAUGGCACUGGGAAGUGACUACAUAGAACCUGAGUCGAGGGAUUGAAUUUGUAUAAUAAGUUGUGCUUUUUAUAUGUGUGCCCACAUGUGGGGCCGGUGACGUUCUUGGAGCAAUAAAGUUUCCAUUCAUGGC